AUGGCGAAAUCAACAGGAACACCGCUUAGAAUUCUUAUGCUCCAUGGAUACACCCAGUCUGGCUCGUUGUUCCAUGCUAAAUCCCGGGCCCUGGAAAAACACAUCCAGAAAAAUCUACCUACCUACUCUGUUACGCUAUCAUACCCGUCUGGGCCCAUCGGGCUGAGUCCGUCUGAUAUACCCAAUUUCACGCCCUCUUCUACACCGUCUUCUUCUAACGGCGGUACUCCAGCUGAAGAUAAGCCCGAAGCUUUUGCCUGGUGGCGUCGUUCGGACUCCAUCGAUCCACCUGAAUAUGUUGGACUAGAGAAAGGUCUGGCAACGGUCGCCCGUGUACUCGUAGACGAAGGACCGUUCGAUGGUGUCAUUGGAUUUUCCCAGGGAGCAUGUUUAGCAGCCAUGGUAACCAGUUUGCUUGAGCAUGAUCGGAGUAAAGCGUUCGCCUACUUCUCGGACCCAGCAAAUAAUCAGCAACAGCUAGUCGCGCAGCUUCCGGGUGGGAGUCAACAGAAUCCUCAAAAGCCACCACAAGAUACAGGGGAUAAGAAGAUGGUGACUGGAAUCCCGUUUCCAUCUUCAUUCGCCGAUAUAGCUCAUCCUCCAAUGAAGUUUGCAAUUUGCUAUGGUGGAUUCAUCGCUCCUGGAACCCGGUAUCGGGCCUUUUAUGAGCAGCCCAAGAUCCAAACUCCAGUGUUACAUGUUUUAGGUACUUUGGAUAUGAUCGUGGAGGAAACGCGGAGCAGGAAGUUAAUUGAAUCUUGUGCUGGGAACCCUGAGUCAGAUGGGAAGGUUUUGUGGCAUCCUGGUGGUCAUUUCUUGCCUAGCCAAAGACCAUACUUAGAUGGAGCAGUGCAGUUCAUUAGACUCCACUUGGAAGGGUUAGACGGUAACGGUAACGGCAAAGGGGACGACGGCGUGGGAGUUGAACAUAUGGAUGUUCCAUUUUAA